AUGCCCUCCCUACUACUCGAGCCCAAGAAGCCCGCACCCGCUCUCGUCAAGGCGGAGAAGAAGUCGACCUGGUGGGAAAAGGAGAGGACACCGCGUCUGGUAGAGACCGGCGCAGGUCACGCCGUCACUGUCAGCGUUAACCUUCUCACCGCGCCGAAGGACAAACACGGCAAGGGUGCCCUCGGCACACUCAAAGCCCUCGCAAAGGGUCGCCCGACACGCAGCGCUCCACCGCCUAAGAUCGAGACAAGGUUGGACUACGACUCCUCUGCGUCGUCAUCGCCGCGCUCGUCGUCGUCAUCUGCACCACCAUCACCGCCACCAUACGACGAUGUCCCUGAGCCAGAACAGGAGCCGGUCUUCACACCUUUCCCGCGCCGCCCGCUCCCACCCAGAAGAUCCGACGAGUGCGACCGCAUUCGUGACGAUACUCCUCUGCGACACGGUGUGCUCAUGAGCGAGGGCCUGCGCGCUCAGAGCAUGAAAUCACGAAGCGCCGAGAUGGCGAUGGGCCCGGAGGAGCUCACCGCGUGGCUGGCGGGUAUGCGCCGACAGAUCCGGCGGGAACUCGCAGAAGAGAAAGAGGCGAUCGAGCGCCUGAGGAAAAGACAGGAACUCUCGGAACGCGCAAGGAGAAGACACCAGCGCGAGAUGGAGCGGCUGGACGAGGAGAAGACCGUCGCGCGGUUCACCUGUGUCGUCAAGGGCCUUGCAGCGCAAGCCCGCAGCACAGUGCGCCCCGGCGGCGAGAAAUCGAAAUGGCUCGUUGGCUACGCCUGA